AUGCUGCAGUGCGGGGCGGGGCCGGGCGGGGCCGGACCGCUGCCGGAGGUGCCGCCGUCCCUGCGCGCCGCCGCCGCGGGAGCGAGGGCGUGGGUCCUGCCGGGACCCGCCGCCGCCGCGAUGGGCGACCCUCGGCCCCGCGCCGCCGUCCUCCUCCCUCUGCUCUGCCUCUGCGCCGCGCUGCCCGGCAGCGCCUCCAACAAAGCCAACAAGCACAAACCAUGGAUUGAAGCCGAGUACCAGGGCAUUGUCAUGGAGAAUGACAACACCGUCCUGCUGAACCCGCCGCUGUUUGCGCUGGACAAGGAUGCCCCACUGCGCUAUGCAGGGGAAAUCUGUGGCUUCAGGAUCCAUGGGUCAGGGGUACCUUUUGAAGCUGUGAUCCUGGACAAAGCUACAGGAGAGGGACUGAUCCGGGCCAAGGAACCAGUGGAUUGUGAAGCACAUAAGGAGCACACAUUUACCAUCCAGGCCUAUGACUGUGGAGAGGGACCUGAUGGAGCAAAUACCAAAAAAUCACACAAGGCCACGGUGCACGUUCGAGUGAACGACGUGAAUGAGUUUGCUCCCGUCUUUGUGGAGAAGCUGUACCGCGUGGCGGUGACGGAGGGAAAGCUGUAUGACCGCAUCCUGCGCGUGGAGGCCAUCGACGGCGACUGCUCGCCGCAGUACAGCCAGAUCUGCUACUAUGAGAUCCUGACCCCCAAUAUUCCCUUCCUCAUUGACAAUGACGGGAACAUUGAGAACACGGAGAAGCUGCAGUACAGUGCGGAUCGUGUCUACAAAUUCACAGUGACAGCCUAUGACUGUGGAAAGAAGAGGGCUUCUGAUGAUGCUGAAGUGGAAAUCCAGGUGAAACCCACCUGCAAGCCCAGCUGGCAGGGCUGGAACAAGAGGAUCGAGUACACCCCCGGAGCAGGCAGCCUGGCGCUCUUCCCCACCAUUCACCUGGAGACCUGUGAUGAACCGCUGUGGAACAUCCAGGCCACAGUGGAGCUGCAGACAAACCAUGUGGCCAAGGGCUGUGACCGGGAUAACUACUCUGAGAAGUCACUGCGCAAACUCUGUGGUGCUGCCUCAGGAGAGAUCGACCUGCUGCCAGUGCCUAGCCCCACAGCAAACUGGACGGCGCGGCUCUCGGUGCACUACAGCCAGGACAGCAGCCUCAUCUACUGGUUCAAUGGCAGCCAGGCCGCCCAGGUGCCUGUGGUGAAUGGACCGAACGGGCACGAGGGGCUGAGUGACCACUUCACCCUGUCCGUGUGGAUGAAGCACGCCGUGGUGCCCAGCAAAGGCCGGCGGGAAGAGGAGACGGUGAUCUGCAGUACAGUGCGGAGCGAGGAUGGCUACUCGCACUACUCUCUGGCUGUGCAUGGCUGCCGGAUUUCUUUCCUCUACUGGCCGUUGCUGGAAAGCGCCAGGCCUGUGAAAUUCCUCUGGAAGCUCGAGCAGGUCUGCGAUGAUGAGUGGCACCAUUACGCCCUCAACCUGGAGUUCCCCACGGUCACGCUGUACGUGGAUGGCGUCUCCUACGACCCGGCCCUGAUCCACGACAACGGCCUCAUCCACCCGCCGCGCCCGGAGCCGUCCCUCAUGAUCGGGGCCUGCUGGGCCGAGGAAAAAAACAAAGAGAAAACCAAAGGAAGCGAGAACGCCACUGAUUCUGUGCAAGGAGAUCCUCUGUCGAUACACCACUACUUCCAUGGUUACUUGGCUGGCUUCACUGUGCGCCCUGGUAGCUUGGAGAGCCGGGAGGUUAUUGAAUGCCUGUAUGCCUGCCGUGAGGGGCUUGAUUACAGUGACUUCGACAGUCUGGGCAAAGGGAUGAAGGUUCACGUGAACCCCUCUCAGUCCCUGCUCACCUUGGAGGGUGAUGAUGUGGAAACCUUCAACCACGCAAUCCAGCACGUGGCUUACAUGAAUUCACUGCGCUUUGCUACCCCUGGGGUCCGGCCGCUCAGGCUCACCACUGCUGUCAAGUGUUUCAGUGAGGAGUCCUGUGUCUCCAUUCCUGAUGUGGAAGGCUAUGUUGUGGUGCUACAGCCUGAUGCCCCCCAGAUCCUGCUGAGUGGCAAUGCUCACUUUGCUCAUCCUGCAUCAGACUUUGAGGCUCCAGAAGGAAUUCCCCUGUUCCCCAACCUCCAGAUCACCUGCUCUAUUUCUCACCAGGUGGAGGCCAAGAAGGAUGAGAACUGGCACGGUACCGUGACAGACACACGGAUGUCAGAUGAGAUUGUGCACAACCUGGAUGGCUGCGAGAUCUCAUUGGUAGGAGAUGACUUGGACCCAGAGAGGGAGUACCUGCUCCUGGACGGGGCCCUGCUGCAGCAGCGGGGCCUGGAGCUCGUUAACACCUCUGCCUACCUGACCAUCACAGGUGUGGAGAGCAUCGCGGUUUACGAGGAGAUCCUGCGCCAGGUCUCCUACCACAUCAACCACGGUGCUGCCCUCUAUGAAAGGAAGUUCCACCUGUCCUGCACUGAGAUGAACGGACGCUACUCCAGCAAUGAGUUUACUGUCGAGGUGAAUGUUCUCCACAACAUGAACCGAGCUGCUCAUCCUAACCAUAUUCUGAGCUCCCAGCAGUUUGUGCACCGAGGCCAUCAUUUACCUGCAGAGCUGUCCGGGCACAGUUUGGCAAGCACCCACAGCAACCCAAUGGUCCCCAGUGCUGCCACUGUCAUCAUCGUGGUGUGUGUGGGCUUCCUGGCACUUAUGGUGAUCCUCGGCAUCCUGCGCAUCCACUCCCUGCACCGGCGGGGAGUGGGGCAAGAGGUCCCUGGGGCUGCUGAGUCGGGGCACGCCAGCGCUGGAGGCAAAGAGAGCGACAUGUUCUGGGACGACUCGGCGCUCACCAUCAUCGUCAACCCCAUGGAGUCCUACCAGAGCUGUCAGGAGAGGGCAGCAGGCAGUGUGGAGGGCAGAGCUGGCGAGGGCAUGGAAGAUGACGACGACAGCACCGACUCGGAGACACCCGACUCCCCGGACAGCAGUGACAUGAAUGACCGGCACAUCAUCGGCAAAAGUGACGUCUCUCACCGCUACUAGGAGCUUUAAAACACCGCCCCGUGGAUGCCCCCAAAACAUAUGGCAGGAAGGAGGAGGUGUCUUACUUUCAACUUCUCUCCAGCCCCACCGUGUACACAUGUGCUCCUCCCUCACCGAUCGUUUCUGCCUCCCAUGUUCCUUCAUCUUCUGCCAUUCUCAUUGUGGACGUUCCCCACAUUAUUGACCCCCCAUCUGGCUCUCCAGAAACAUGUGUUAGGGCACUUACACAUGAUGGUGGCACAGUUCAAACUGUGAUGCAGGUGUUGGAAAGAAUGGAAAUCUGAAAGGCAGAGCCAGCCAUAGGGCUCAGAGUGGGGUUUCUCACAACCCCUUCCCAGAUAUUAUAUAUAUAUAUUGUAUAUUUUUUCAAUGUUGUCAUUGAGGUUUAUUCUCGUUUCAUGCAAAAAAAAAACCAAAAAAAAAAAAAAAAAAAACAACCAACAACCAACAAACCACUGCAGCUUUGUGUCGCUUUGUAAAAUUGUCAAUACUCCUAAUACUAAAUGAAUGAAGGUAAGAAAGAUGAGGAAACAAAGUGGAUUUUAAAAUAAAUGGAUUUCAAAUAAAACAUUCAGGACUUCUGCAGUUUUUCACUACAACCAAGGAAAGAAGUAGUGUAGCCUCCAAUGUGAAACUGGAGCUUGUCCAGAGUAAUUACUAUAUUAUCUCGGGGAAGGGUUACAUAUUUUAGCAUAUGUGAUGAAA